AUGGCGGGAGGCCCCCUGCAGGCAGACCCGGGGCGCGCCGCGGAGGGCUCCGCCGAGGAGAGCGCCACGGCGUACAUCUGUUUGGGGUCGAACCUUCGUGGAGAGGCCCGGCUGGCCAUAAUCGAACAGGCGAUUCGGGAGCUACGAGAAUGUCUGGGUCCGAUUCUGAGCACGUCGUGUCUGUACGAGACUGUGCCCGCCUUCGAUGUCUGCCCGCCGGGCGUCCCGCACGACGUCUUCCACCCGUUCUACCUCAACGCCGUAGUCAAGCUCCAGUCCAGGGUCACAGACCCGUGGGACGUCCUCGAGGUUCUCAAGGAUCUGGAGGCGCGCACCGGGCGGCCGCUGCCGACUGAUGAAGAACAGGAAAAGCAGUUGGAGAAGUUCCUCAAGACUGGCGCAGCCUUCAAAGACGACUGCGCGGCCGACGAGGAGUCCAGCGCCGACGGGAACGCGGCGGAGAAGCCUGAGAAAGCCAAGUACGUCCGCGGUGCGCCCCGCCUCAUCGACAUGGAUCUGCUUUUCCUUGACAAAAACGGUGCGUCGUGCGUGGUGGACGAGGCGUCCUCCUGGCCCCCAGACAAGAAGUGGCAGACCAUUUUGCCGCAUCCGCGUUUGUCCACGAGGAACUUUGUCUUGUUUCCCCUCUGCGACAUCGACCCUGACAAAAUACACCCCGUUGAAGGCGUGUCGCUGAAAGAGCUUCUUCUCCGCAACCUCGAGCUGCGCAGAAUUCGCCUUCAAGAGGCAGCGGCCAAAAACACUGCGACCCGCAGCUGCGAACACGCGGGGAGCCACGCUGCAUGCUCUGAGUCAGCGCCCGAGCUGCCCUACACCCUCGACGGGUCGCUGACCAUACCCAGGCGUUGCUUCGCGGCGACUACCGAGAAUCUGUGGACUCUCGGGGGCCUCGCAGGGGUUGCGGAUACUCUUCGCUACAUAGCUGACGUCAAGCGCGCAGCGGCGAAAAUGGUGGAGUUACUGGAUGAUUCUCAGCGCACGCAGCUCAGCCGUCUGCUGCGUUUGGAGGACAGUCUUCGAAAGGAGCACCCAGUGAAGGUGAUGGGGAUUGUGAACGUCAGCCCAGACUCGUUCACCGACAACUUCUGCGAGAGCGUAGACGACGCGCUUGAAGCGGCCGAGCGCAUGGUUACAGCGGGCGCAGACAUUCUCGACGUAGGAGGCGAAGCGACUAGUCCCUUCAAGGCAAAAGGCGAGGUUUCCCUCGCCGUGGAGAGAGAGCGAGUGAUCCCAGUAAUCCAAGGCAUUCGCAAGAGAAUCAACGGCGACGUCAUCGUAUCAGUCGACACCAUGAAGGCCGAGCUUGCUCGGGAAGCCGUCAGCAGUGGCGCGAACUGGGUAAAUGACCAGACUGGCGAGAUGCGGAAGAAGGGCAGUGGAGAUCCUCUAGCGUUCGUCCAGGACAGCUCCACCACUAUCGUCCUCAUGCACAAGCGCGGCACGCCAGACACCUUCGACUCCUACUGCGACUAUGAGGACGUGGUUCGCGAAGUCGGCUCGUGGCUGGCGGAGAUGAGCAACGCCUUGCAAAAAAAUGCCCUUGGCCGGUGGAGGAUUCUGGCGGAUCCAGGUUUGGGAAUCUCUAAGAGCCCUGAACAAAGCUUCGAGCUUCUCAGGUCCGCGAGACGCAUCAGAGAAAUGUUGCCGGAAGGCAUUCCCCAGCUCAUUGGUCACUCCAGGAAGAGAUUUAUUGGGUGGGGAACCGACGAAGAAGGCCCGAAGCCUCCGGCUCCACCGUCGAAGGAAGAAGUCGAAGGACGCCGAUGGGGGGGGGCGGCGGUGGUCGCGUGGUGCACUGCGAACGCCGAUGCUAUCGGUGUUAUUCGCACGCACGACGUGAAGGAGACGUGCCUCGUGCGCAAUGUGGCUGAGAAGAUCCAAGGCGUGGACAAGGCGAUCGAGAAGAUGGCCGAAAGCCCUGAUAUCUCUUCAUAUUUCAGCUUCUGGAAGUAG